UAUUUUUAUCAACAGCAACCCAAACAGCGGCCCAUUUGUGAUUAUAAUCAUCGUCUUCGCUGUCUUGAUUAUCUUCGUUGGCGCCGACUUUUUAACGAACGACAUCGUACUCCAGCUCUCAACUCUUACAGGAGUCCGGGCUUGGCUACUUCAUUGUUGUGUCAGGCUUUCAGCCAUGGGCAUUUCAUGUAACAGUUACAGAAACUUCAUUCUCAAGCACAAGAUCUCUCAUUACUAGCAAUUUGAUGGUCCUAGUUCACAAAUUAUGGUGUGAUGUUGUGGCAGAUUGAUGAAAGACUUUGGUUCCGCAUCUAGAGUAUUAUAUGUCAAGCACAGACAUACAUAUAAAUAUGUAACUUCUCUCAGACUAAACAAAGAAAGAAGGUUCAGCAGUGGGAACAGAUCUGAUGCAAUAGUUAGUCGUAUCGACUAUGCUCGGGUCCAACGUCAUACCAAUUCAGUUCCUAAAAAUUUAUUUGGUGAAACUCACUACAUCUACCAAUCAAGUAGUCUUCAGCAUUGGUUUAAAAACUGGCAACAGCAGCGAAAGUAUAAGCUAACAGCCAGCACUUUUGCUGGAGCUAUAGGUCUGUGGCCUCGCCGAAGAGUCCAACUGUGGUUAGAGAAAAUUGGGCACAUUGAUCCAUUUACUGGUAAUGAGGCCACAUGUUGGAAUAAUAUUAAGGAAGAGGAAGCCCUUGAAAGAUACAAGUUGAUAACCGGAAACGAUGUACGGUUUCCAGAGUUUCAGGUUUACAGAGACACGGAUCCUGAACAUGACUGGCUGGCAGCUUCCCCUGAUGGUACAGUUGAGCAGGUUGUUUAUGAAUUGUCCUCUCGAGGAGUGCUAGAAAUUAAGUGCCCGUUUUUUCAUGAUAUGAUAAAGGCUCGUCCAUGGACAAGAAUUCCCCUUCACUAUAUCCCUCAAGCUCAAGGCCUGUUGGAGAUAUUGGACCGUGAUUGGAUGGAUUUUUAUGUCUGGACUCCUAAUGGGAGCAGUUUAUUUAGAGUAGAUCGCGAUGAAGAAUAUUGGAACCUUAUGAAGAUAGCAUUGUCAGACUUUUGGUGGAAUCAUGUCCAUCCAGCUAGGGAAGAAUGCCUUAAAAGAGUGAUUAAAGAUCCACUGUAUGAGUUGAGAGCAUUUCGUCCUGCUACUAGGCAUAAGCUGAGUGUUAAUAUUGUUUAUGAAAGCAAACGAUUAAUUGACGAGUCCAGGUUAAUGGUCCGUGAAAUUCAUGGCAAACUACAGGAUUGAUACACUUGAGAAAUAAUGAAUAAGAAACAAUUUAUAUGUGGCA